AUGGUGGGAUUAAAAGGUCAGCUCGGAGAUUUCGCCUGGCUCAGCAAAGGCCCAGAGUGGCGGUCCAUAAAUGAGCGGGCUGAACCCCACACAGGCACAGCAUUUCAAAUCACGGACUUUGGAACACAGCCAAGAUGCCAGGAACAAAAGGUAAUAAAUCGGACAAGAAGUCAGCUCCCAAGCAACCUCAGAGUCCUAAGGAGCAGCCGAAGAAAGGUGAUCAGAAAGGAGAUGAUAACAAGAAGCAAGGAGCAGGACAGCCGAAGGGAGAGAAGCAAUAACUUCCAGGCCUUCGUGAAGAUGGCUUUGGAGACACUGCUGGGGUCCUGCCGUCGUAAGCACGCGGGUCCUCAGGGCAGGCAGGGCUGAGUUAACCUACAUGGCUCUCCCCUCCUCCCCCCACCACCAUCACCCCUCCCCUCCCUGGGCGAGGGUGUUUCAGACAGCAUCUGCUCCCCCCGCAGAGGGGCCCAGAGCCCGACGUGAUCUCCAUCCAUCACCAUCUGCCCUCACCCUCCACUCCACCCUCCUCUGCUCCCCCCCUCUUUCUUUCCUGUUUCCCUCCUUUCUCCGCUUGAGUCUGCUGUACGGCAGGUCCAACCAGGGGUCCGCGCUCAGAGCAAAAAACACUGAAGACCUUCCCAGUCCUUCCCAACUCAACCCUACCUUCCCCCAACAUCGACCCCUUUUCUCUUUGCCCAGGACCCUUGGAACAUGAUUGGCUUUCUAACGGUCCAUUCAUUCCUCUUGUAAAUAAACAUUGAAAUAAACAAUUAUUUCUUACAGCAA